CCCCUCUCAGUGAAAGCGUUUAUAGGCACGUGUCAGAGUCAGCGUGACGCAGUUAAAUCUGGGGUGUUUUGCACAGUAAAAACAGCUCUUUUUCCUAAUUAAACGCGGUAUUAGCGGUCAUGGCGCAGAGCAUGCUGCUGUACUGGGGCUCCGGCUCUCCGCCGUGCUGGAGAGUCAUGAUCGCGCUGGAGGAGAAGCAGCUGCAGGGAUACAAACACAAACAUCUGUCGUUUGACAAGAACGAACACAAGUGUGAAGAAGUGAAAGCUCUCAAUCCCAGAGCUCAGCUUCCGACUUUCAAGCACGGAGACAUCGUCGUGAACGAGUCGUUUGCCGCGUGUCUGUAUCUGGAGAGCGCGUUUAAGUCUCAAGGCACCCGUCUGAUCCCAGAUGACCCGGUUGAACAAGCGCUCGUCUACCAGCGAGUGUUUGAGACCAACAACCUGCAGCAGAAAAUGUAUGACGUGGCUUUCUAUGAGUGGUACGUUCCUGAAGGAGAGAGACAUGAAUCGGCUCUGAAGAGGAAUAAAGAGAGUUUAAUCGCCGAGCUCAAACUGUGGGAAGGAUACUUGGAGAAGAUGGGUAAAGGCUCGUACCUCGCUGGCAAGAACUUCACCAUGGCCGAUGUGGUUUGUUUCCCCGUCAUCUCAUAUUUCCCACGACUUCAGUGAGUGAAUCGCUCUGGAUAUAAAGCGCUUUUCA